AUGCCCCCCACCAAGCACCUCCCCAACGGCACCUACCCCUACAACCACAACAACAGAAACAGCACAUCAACAUCCAGCUUCACGACCUCCAUAUCCACCAAUUCGCUCACCUCAAAGCUGGACACCAACAUCAACCACCACAGAAGAUGUCUCGACCGAGACUGCGCAAUCAUGCUGGGGAGCUCAACGAGGGGAGAAAUCUGUCUGAAGACGAGGAAGACGGGAGAACGACGGAGGACGAUUAUGCGGCGUGGUGUUGGGCGUUUAGUGAGGGGCGGACGGGGGGGGACUUAUUCUCAUGGCUAUGAGUAUGAUCAUGAGUAUGGGUAUGCAUCUUAUGGUGAACAUGGUCCUGGUCCUGGUCCUGUUCAUGGGCAGAAGAAGUAUGACGAGAAUCUACUAUUCUCCGAUUUCAAUGAACAAAACCCUCCAAAUGGUGGACCACAUUCUCGGAAGUAUGAAGCACACGGUCACGACCAUACAUACGCCGAUCAUGGUGGGGAACAGGGCACGACGAAGAACACGAGGGGGACGUACACGUUUCUCCAGAAUCCAAAUGAUCGACUGGGACGAUACGAGAGCUCGGAUAGUGUUCCGGCGGAUCAGCUGGUGCGAUUUACGCCGAUCGGACACUAUGGGUAUAGUCCCUUGACGGCGGGGCGACCUGUGUCGCCGCCACGUCGCAUCCUGACCCCGGCCAGGUAUGCGGAGACGAAUCGGAUGGAGAGGGAGAAGAGUGAUGAGUUGAAGCAGAAGCAGAGAGGGUUCUGGGGGCCGGUGAGGGCGCUCUGGGUUUCUUUGCGGCGGUCUCGGUGA